GUCCUGUAUUCUCGAUAUUGAUCCUAGGGCCCUGUACCUCGUGGUGACCAAGAGGCGGUUUUUUCAUCUCGGUGCGAACGGGACUGUACGAAAUAAGGCAGAUACUGUACGAAAUAAGGACAGUAGGGGUACCCCAAUCCGGAGAUUCCUCUUGAGUGGGACUGUAUCGUGAGCGACGCGAGAAAGAAAAAUGGCGGGACGGGCCGAGACGCGAACCCCUGAGCCGCCCGACCGCGACGAACACGAAGAUUCACCCCCAAGAUUAGCGAGGCCGCGACGCACCACAAGACCACCGAAUAACUACGCUCAAGAGCAAGAGAUUGACACCGAGCAGAGAAAGACACGCGCCCAAUCGAAAAAGGGACGUCAAGGCAAAUCAGUACCCCAGCACGACGCAGUAUCUUCAGACGACUCCUCGACGGAGAGCGAGGACUUGAGCGCUACCGAUCUCUUGAAAGAGCUUGUGAAGCUAAGGAAAGAGAUUAGACGACGCGAUGAUCUGCAUAAGAAAGAGCUGCAAAAAAUCAAAGAGGAAUUCAGCGCAACCCUUGCAGAAGUCCGACAGGAGCUACAGACCCUGGCAGACAGACCCCCGACACCGCAAGCCCUCUCCGAGCCUUGCUCUCAGAACGGCCACGAUGAGAUCCUUCGCGAAAUUCACUCUCUGCGCAUGGCAAUCAACCCGUCAGGCCCCGCCUCGGGAUCUCCGUCCUAUGCAGACGUCGCCCGUACUCCCCCAAUGAGCUACCCAAGCAACAUACGGACCCUCUCAUCGGCGAACACGACACCGACCAGCUUCACCGACACGCUAUAUUGCACGAUAGACACCUCAAAGAUGAUAGACAAUAGAAAUGAAAGGAAGUCCCCAGGCUCUAUCCGUGCGGCGGUCGAGACAGAAAUUCGGACGAUGGAAAACCACAUGCAUUGGCGCUGUCGCGCUGUCACGGUGGAUCCAAAGAACAUAAAUCGGAUCAGAAUUGCCUGUCGGGAUGAAACCGAACACCGGCUGGUCAAAGAAGUGGCGGAGGCUCAGAUUGGUGCCGGAGCCCGAGUACUCCGUGACGAGCUUUACCCGAUCAAAGUUGACAGUGUGAACAAGGCUGCAGUCCUAGACGAGAAGGGUGAAAUUCGAAGCGAAGCCACAGCGCUGUUCAGCGAGGAGAACGACACCACCGUGGCCAAGAUCGCAUGGCUCAGCGGAAAGGAAAACGCGAAGGCCUAUGGUUCCAUGGUUGUCUAUCUCACUAAGAGCCUUGAUGCGCGGAGACUCCUGGCCGACGGGUACUUCCAUGCUGGAGGAGAAUCUGGCGUGACCAGCACCUUCGAGCACCGACCACGACCGAUGCAAUGCUACAAUUGUCAGGAAAUUGGACACAAGGCAUUCCAGUGCAAGAACAGCCAGAAGUGUGCAAGAUGUGCCGCGGAGGGUCACCGCCACAGCAGCUGCGACCAGACGGUUCCAAAGUGCAUUCCAUGCGGAGGCCCUCAUGAAUCGUACAGCAAGAACUGCCGGAAGCUCUAUCCAUCACGUCAUGAAUAGAAAUCUCCGGAUCAUCCAACUUAAUAACGCGGUGGCGUUAGCGAUCCAGGAACCCCAGGCGAGGAGGAUCCAAGGCCGGCUCUUGACUACCCCGAUGGGACAUCAUAAAUGGACGAAGAUGGUUCCCUCCAUCUGGAGGGAAGGCAGGUGGGCGAUUCGAAGCAUGCUCUGGGUGAAGAAAGAGGUAGAGGCGGAACAAGUGCCGAUAGAGUCCCCCGAUCUCACGGCAGCGGUCAUCCGGCUCCCCAAGCGACUGAUUUUCAUAGCAUCGGUUUAUGUUGAAGGGGGCGAUGCCUCAGCUCUGGACGACGCAUGCAAUCACUUACGGAACGCGAUCACGAAGGUGCGGCGAGACACAGGCGCGGUGGUGGAGGUGUUGAUCGUGGGAGACUUCAACCGACACGAUCAACUCUGGGGAGGAGACGACGUGUCCUUGGGAAGACAGGGCGAAGCGGAUCAAAUCGUCGAUCUUAUGAAUGAAUUUUCCCUCAGCAGUCUGCUCAAACGGGGUACAAAGACAUGGCAUGGCGUAGGACAGACUGGGGACUGCGAGUCCACGAUCGACCUCGUCCUAGCCUCGGAAAACCUGACAGACUCCAUGGUUAAGUGUGCCAUACUCGGGACAGAUCACGGUUCGGAUCACUGCGGCAUUGAGACCGUAUUCGAUGCCCCAUGGUCGCCCCCAAAGCAUCAGGAACGACUACUGCUAAAAAACGCUCCAUGGAAAGAGAUCAAUGUCAGGAUUGCGAACACCCUAGCCGCCACUCAGUUAGAAGGCACGGUGCAGCAGAAGACCGAUCGACUCAUGUCGGCGGUCUCCGAGGCGGUACGUGCCUUAACACCAAAGGUCAAACCGUCACCACACGCAAAGCGAUGGUGGACAGAUGACUUAACGCAGCUCCGUCAAAUAUAUACAUACUGGAGGAAUCGUGCCCGUUCCGAACGGCGAGCCGGGCGAAAGGUACCACGCCUAGAAGAGGCUGCUGAGGCUGCAGCGAAACAAUAUCACGAUGCCAUCCAGCAACAAAAGAAAAAGCACUGGAACGAAUUCCUUGCAGACAACGAUAACAUAUGGAAGGCCGCUAAAUACCUCAAGUCGGGAGAUGAUGCAGCGUUUGGAAAGGUCCCGCAGCUCCUGAGAGCAGAUGGAACCACCACUACUGAUCACAAGGAGCAGGCAGCAGAACUACUGACGACGUUCUUUCCGUCUCUGCCGGACAUUAUCGACGAAGAAGGGAGGAGACCAGAAAGAGGAUCGGUUGAAAUGCCAGCCAUCACGAUGGAAGAGGUAGAGCGGCAACUGUGGGCGGCCAAGUCCUGGAAAGCGCCCGGAGAAGACGGCCUGCCGGUGGUAGUCUGGAAAAUGACGUGGCUCACGGUUAAGUACAGGGUUCUCGACCUGUUCCAAGCCUCACUGGAAGAGGGCACGUUGCCAAGACAGUGGAGACACGCGAAGAUCAUACCGCUCAAAAAGCCCAACAAAGAAAAUUACAGCAUUGCCAAAGCAUGGAGACCAAUUUCACUCCUCGCGACACUGGGCAAGGUAUUGGAAUCGGUGGUUGCAGAAAGGAUCUCACACGCGGUGGAGACUCACGGUCUGCUCCCGACUAGCCACUUCGGAGCCCGAAAGCAACGGUCCGCUGAGCAAGCACUCGUGUUCUUGCAGGAGCAAAUCUACACGGCGUGGCGCGGCCGACGAGUAUUAAGCUUGAUCAGCUUCGAUGUCAAAGGAGCCUACAAUGGAGUGUGCAAAGAACGACUGCUUCAGAGGAUGAAAGCGCGAGGCAUACCGGAGGAUCUGCUCCGGUGGGUUGAGGCGUUCUGUUCAGAACGAACGGCGACCAUUCAAAUCAAUGGGCAAUUGUCUGAGGUCCAAAACCUACCUCAGGCGGGACUGCCACAGGGCUCGCCACUGUCCCCGAUCUUAUUUCUUUUCUUUAACGCAGACCUUGUACAACGACAGAUUAACAGCCAAGGAGGAGCAAUCGCGUUUGUGGACGAUUUUACUGCAUGGGUGACCGGACCAACUGCUCAGAGUAACCGGGAGGGCAUCGAAGCAAUUAUUGCUGAAGCGCUCGACUGGGAGAAAAGGAGCGGAGCGACUUUUGAGGCUGAGAAAACAGCCAUCAUACACUUCGCCCCCAAGGCUCACAAAAUAGAUCAGGAGCCUUUCACUAUCAAGGGACAGACCAUUGUGCCGAGAGACCAUGUCAAGAUCUUGGGCGUUCUCAUGGACACGAGACUCAAAUACAAGGAACAUAUCGCGAGGGCAGCGUCCAAAGGCCUAGAAGCAGCCAUGGAGCUUCGGCGACUUCGCGGCCUAACGCCAGCGACCGCACGGCAGCUGUUCACAUCGACGGUGGCCCCGGUGGUCGAUUACGCCUCGAGCGUCUGGAUGCACGCUUGCAGGGACAAAGCCAGCGGACCGAUCAACCGAGUCCAAAGGGUGGGAGCGCAAGCAAUUGUAGGGUCAUUUCUCACAGUUGCGACCAGUGUUGCGGAGGCAGAGGCUCACAUCGCCGCUACACAACGUCGUUUCUGGAGACGGGCCGUGAAGAUGUGGACGGACAUUCACACCCUGCCAGAAACCCAUCCGCUCCGCCGGAGUACAUCGUGGAUCAAGAAGUUCAGGAGAUACCACCGCUCACCAUUGUACCAGGUAGCGGACGCACUGAAAAACAUCGAGAUGGAGACACUAGAAACCAUCGAUCCGUUCGUGUUGGCACCAUGGGAGACUCGCGUGCAGACCGAUGUUGAAGCAAUGGCGGACUCACAUGCAGUACCGGGCGGAUCAAUUCAAGUUGCGGUCAGCAGCUCGGCUCGGAACCGCCUUGUGGGAUUUGGGGUUGCGAUCAAGAAACAGCCACCUCGGUAUCGAAAGUUGAAACUGAAGAGCUUUUUCGUGACACUAGGCGCAAGAUCAGAACAGAACCCAUUCUCCGCAGAGCUAGCAGCAAUGGCACAUACAUUGAACAUGCUAGCGGGACUGAAAGACUACCGGAUCACGCUGCUCACGAGCAACAAAGCAGCUGCCCUCGCAAUAAGGAACCCUCGGCAACAGUCGGGCCAGGAGUUUGUUCGCCAAACGUAUAAGUUGAUCCAAAGACUGCAGAGAAACGGAAACCACAUCAAUAUUCUGUGGGUCCCUACCAGUAACGACAAUAAGCUGCUAGGUCUGGCCAAGGAGCAGGCCAGGACCGCGACCCUGAAGGAUGCCGUCCCGCAAGAAGCGGUCCCCAGGAUGAAGUCGACAACACUGAAUCUCGCUCGGUCUCAAGCAACUGCCUACAAUGACUUGCCGGAGAACGUAGGAAGACACGUGAAACGAGUAGAUGCAGCUUUGCCAGGAAAACACACUCGACAGCUGUAUGAUCGAUUAUCGUGGAAAGAAGCGAGCGUGCUGGCCCAACUCCGGACUGGCAUGGCUAGACUCAACGGUUACCUCCAUCGGAUCAACGUUGCAGAGACGGACCAGUGUGCAUGUGGACAAGCAAGAGAGACCGUGGAACACUUCCUCUUCCGAUGUCGGAAAUGGACCACACAACGAAUAGCACUGCUGCAAUGUAGCAACACUCACCGGGGCAAUCUCUCCUUCUUCCUGGGCGGGAAAUCGCCCUCUGAUAAUCCGCAAUGGACGCCGAACUUAGAAGCCGUGCGAGCCUCAAUACGAUUCGCGAGCGCCACAGGCCGACUCGACGCCUCCUAACCACGUCGACCAACACAAUGACACCUUUCCCCUAACCAACCUACACCUACCACCUUGUGCCAAAGAUGGUGGACGCGCUUCAACUGCCGAAGAUAGGAUGUUGAACACUUGAAGAAGCGCCUUCAAGCCAGUCUACUAACCAACUUACUAACCCACAAGGAUCCCUAUGAUAUUGACAACCGAGAGGACAUAGAGUGAAGGGAUGCAUGCAUGGGCUCGAAGGAGAUGCAGCAUAUAUAUAUUAGGACAUGUACUGAUAGAUCGUUUCAGUUGCCCUUUCGGCUUAGCCGCCGGGCG